AUGACCCUCUUGGGAAGCGUACGGCAGUACCAGAGUAUCAAUCAUCCGGAUGUCUUGGUAAAUUCGACGUGGGGUCUUGAAUACGCUGGUAGCAGCUGGAAUAAGCUGGGACGAUUCAAUGAGAAAUCUGGACAAGAGACGAUAACCCGCACCAGUCAAGUUACUCUUCACUCCGUUGUCCUGAAGGGCGGCUACAAGUACGCUCUAAACAACAUGGACAACGACAUGAUCAACUUUCUGUGCAAUAUAGCUGUGAACGGAAGCACCGCCGAGGACUUACCGCAGGACUAUACUAUAUUUGAGGUCGAUAAGAAAAGCAUCCUGCAGUCUGAGGGGUAA